CGGCGGUCGCGUCGCGUCGUGUCGCCUGCGACAACCGCGCGCUCUCACCAUGGCGACGCUGGGGACGCUCAAAAGGGGCAGCGUGCAGAUCCAGAGGGCCGCCAUCAAGGCCACAGGGCGGAUCGCGGCGCGCCACCUGAUGGAGUGGCUGGUGGCGUGGGCGGUGGUGCUGGCGGGCGUGCUGGAGCACAGCGCCACCUCGCAGCUGCUGGCGCCUCGGCCGCCGCUCUCCCCGGAGGAGUUCGCGGAGCUGGUGGCCAACACGAGCUACGUCAGCCGCUACUGCCGAGCCACACCCACCGCAGCCGCCGCCGACAACUUCACGACAGACCUGCCGCCCGAUAAUGACACAGAGGUGACCACGCUGCCCACGAUGAGCACAUUACCGACCGCAUCGUCGGAGGAGACGGAGUCGGAGCCAGAGUACGAGGAGGACGCGGAGGCGGAGGUGGGGGCGGAGGAGCCGCUGCUGGCGUCGCUGACCGCCGUGGCGUCCUCUGUCGGCGUCCGCACCUUCCGCGGCGUCGGCAGCAACCACAGCGGCGUCGCCGUCGGGGCGGUGCACGGCCGCCAUGUUGUCAUAGAGCCGGACCUCAAGGGUUUUUAA